AUGAACAGCGCAUAUGAGGAGUUUACUGCAGGUAGUCAGUCGCCCUUUAAUGUAAGCAGAGGUGCUCAUCCAGGUGCUGUUCUUCUGUCCCCUCAGUCGAGUGCAAUGAACUUGAGCAACAGUGUGGCUAGUGGUGGGGGCGUUUUGUCUCCUCAAAUGAGUGCGCAUUCUCAAAGCUUGUCAUUCAACGAAAUGAUGGAGCAAUCGCUUAUCUUGGACGGAAAUGGACGACAGCAGUCUCAACAUCAGCAGCAGUCGCUGCAUUUGCAAAAUUCGCAGGCUACUUUGGAUCAACCAACCGCAAUUUCUUCGUCGCAUUCAGCAGCCGGUUCUGCUGUCCUUCCUCCCAUGGUGCAGUCACCAAAUCGCUCACCUGCUAAUAGUUCAAUGUUUCUAGAUUCCUUUCCGAGACAGGCUAGUAAUGCAGCAUUGAUGGUGCACUCACGUACUCACUCCUCGCAUAAAUCGCAGUCUCAAUCGCAAGUACCUGCUCAUAAGCAAUCUUCGCAACAACAACAACAGCCACAACAACAGCCGCAACAUACAGAGUCUAAUCCAGUCGUUAAUUUCACUCAGGAUAUCAAUCAGCUGUGCUCUUGGAUGUCCAUGCUUUCCAGCUCCCAGCAGAAUACCGUGAUGGAUAAUUUAUUAUCAACGUUGAACGAGGAUGUUUUGCGAUAUACAAAGCUGAAGUUGGAUAGUCUCAUGAAUAGUGGCUAUUUAUCACCAAAAAUACCUGCAAUUGCUUCACCUAUACCAAAUAGAGACAGCUAUGCAGUCACCAACUUAGAUUCUGUUUUUUCAAAUGGUGAAACGGAGCGUCAUGACUCAGAUAAUAUUGAACCAAUGCUGAAUACUUCAAUCAUAUAUCAGCAGUGGUCGCCACCACCAACAUCUGCGACGCAACCCAUAUACGAUUACAUCAAUGACAUGCACCAUAGGCCAAAAUCAGCUGAUCCAAACGUUUCAAGGAACAAUUCAAUUCAAAAGGGUAAACGAUCAAAUAAUAAUGUCAACGUGGCUGGAAACAAUCAAUCGUCUCAUAGUUACUCUGGUCACAAUAGCCAUUACGCAUCAUCUAAAAAUCGCAACUUUUCACAUGAUUAUGAUGGGAACAAUGUCAAUAGCAAUUCUAAUUCUGGCACUAAUACUUAUUACAAUAUUCGUCAGCCCAAUAACUACAACCACACCAGUAACCAUAAUUAUAACUACAAUCAUGCUACAUCUAACAAUAAUGCACAUACCCAGAUGAACAAUCCAUUACCUGCUAGUGUUAAUACACCUCUUUCACCAUCUGGAGAAUCUUCACCAGACUCUGUGACUCACGCAAGUGCAAAUACAAAUUCCAGCAAUCAGUUUGCUUCCACUGCAUCAUCUACAGCUUCUACACCUGUGUCGAAUGGCCAUUCGUCUAGUGCGAAUGGUUCUUCAAUGAAUCCAAGAACUUUGACAGAUCCAAGAUUGUUAACCAAUAUUCCUGUCUGGCUUAAGUCUUUGAGGUUGCACAAAUACUCUGAAGCCUUGGGCAACAAGAAAUGGGAAGAGCUCAUUUGUUUAGAUGAUCAGACUUUAGAAAAAAUUGGUAUCAGUGCUUUAGGAGCCCGUCGAAAGCUUUUGAAGGCCUUCACGAUUGUGCAGGAAUAUAAAGCGCAGGGUCUUAUUGAUGAAUCAGCUUAUACAUAG